AUGCUGCUUCCAAAAGGCGGUGUCAGCUGGAAAGCUGCCAGAGCACGCCUGCCUCCGGGCAGGGCGAUAUUUGUCGUCCUAACAAGGGCGCGCUUCCUCCUCCUCAUUGCCAUUGCCGCCAUAAUAGUAUUACUAUGGCACGGCAUCAGCUCGUCCGCGCCUGAGAUGCAAAGAUUCGUCUGCUGGGGCCCGUCGAAACCCCCGACAGAGAUGACUCUCACUGAGCAAGAAAGAUGGGCCGCCCACCUGCACACGCCCGUCAUCUUCAAUCCGCACGCCCCGAUCGAGAUUAACUCGUCGACCAUCGUCAACGUCAACCUCAACGACAUCAAGUCGACCACCAAGGCGUUGGAGCGCGAGGAGCGCGUGCUGAUCCUUACCCCGCUCAAGGAUGCCGCUCCCUACCUCAACAAGUACUUCGAGUUGAUCGCCAAGCUGACCUACCCGCACCACCUGAUCGACCUGGCUUUCCUGGUCGGCGACUGCACCGAUGAUACUCUGGCUGUGCUGGCCACCGAGCUCGAGCGCAUCCAGAGCCGUCCUGAUCAUGUCCCCUUCCGCAGCGCCAUGAUUGUCCAGAAGGACUUUGGCUUCAAACUGGACCAGAGCGUCGAGUCGCGCCACUCGUUUGAGGCUCAGGGUCCACGCCGCAAGGCCAUGGGCCGCGCUCGUAACUAUCUGCUUGCUACGGCUCUCAAGCCGGAUCACUCGUGGGUGUACUGGCGCGACGUGGAUAUUGUCGAUAGCCCCGAUAAGAUCAUUGAGGACUUUAUCGCGCAUGAUCGGGACAUUAUUGUUCCCAACAUUUGGUUCCAUCGCUACGAGAACGGCCGCGAUAUUGAGGGAAGAUUCGACUACAACUCGUGGAUCGAAUCUGAUAAGGGCCGCAAACUACGCUAUAAGCAGUACGACACCGGCCGCACCUACAUGGCUCGCAUGGGCGACUGGCGCAACGACAAGGACGAGGAGAUCGAGUUGGACGGCAUUGGCGGUGUGAACAUUCUCGUCAAGGCCGACGUCCACCGGUCUGGCAUCAACUUCCCCUGCUACGCCUUCGAAAACCAGGCCGAGACCGAGGGCUUCGCGCGCAUGGCCAAGCGCGCCGGCUACGGCGUCUACGGCCUGCCCAACUACGUCGUGUGGCACAUCGACACGCAAGAGAAGGGCGGUAACCUAUAG